UUAAACGCAUUUUAUUAAAAUUAUUUAGGCAUCGUGUUUAUGAACGCCCCCGACGCUUGACACUUGAAACACUUCAAAACACUUGAGUUAUCAACUAACCAUUUUGUUUGAAAUUGUUUUAAACAAGAACUUUUUAAAUAAUUCUGUGUCUCAUAAUCAAUACAAAAUGAGAACGAGUCAUGCACAAUAUGUUAUGAUGGUGGAAUUUAUGGAAAAGAAUGGUGAUUUAUCAAAGCCAAGUGGUGGUCCUCGUGGUCGACAUUUUAUACAGCAAAAAUGGCAAGAAUUGGCAGAAAAAUUAAAUAGUGAUGGUAGCGGGGAUCCUCGAACGGAUGAUAAGUGGCGAAAAGUUUGGAGUGAUUACAAAAACAAUGUAAAAAGGAAAUGGGCGAAAAUUAAUAGGGCUGCUCAAGCUACGGGUGGUGGGCCUGCACUUCAAUUAUCAUUAACAGAUUUAGAAAAUCGAAUAAUGCAGAUAAUUGGAGUUCAGGCAGCUACAGGGAUGGCAGUAAAUGAAGCUGGAUUUGGAUUCAAUACUUCAGUUAGUUUAUUUUAUUUAAAAUAUUUUUGUUUUACUUCUUGUUAACCCACUAAUCAUACUAACAAUAUAAAUGUGAAUUUUUGUGGUUUUGUAUGUUUGUAUUAAUUUGAGUGUAAUUUGAAAUGUAUAUAGCUUAUAUCCAGGAUUAACACAUGUACACCUUUUUAUGCUUUUUAAAUUAUUCCUAUAAUUUACAGGACACCCAGGUAGAAAGAGAAAAAAGUAAUCUUUUUUCAGAGGAAAAAAAUGAAACAGAAAUGGAAAAAAAUGUUACAUCCUCUGAUGUAAAGCUCUGUAGCUUGACUGACAAUGUUCAGUUACAAUACACUCCAAUUGAUGUUACAAAUGAAGAUUGGAAUGUUCCUGGAACAAGUCAGCAACCCACGGUGGCUCCUUCUCCAAAACUAUGGAAGCCUCCAUCAAAAAAAAAACAAAAAUGGACAAGACUGCAUUGUUAUUGAAAAUGUUACGUGAGAAUGAGGCGAAAGCAAGAGAAUCUGAGAAUGAAAGAGUUAGUUUAGUGUUAGAGCUUGAGAGAGAAAGGAUACGACAGCGUGAUGUAGAGCUUCAGUUGCAAGCUCAAUUGUUGGAGG